AAACAGUUAAUGAAAAAAUGAAGCCCCGAUUUUUUUUUGAUCCGCGAAGCCCCGAUUAUUCAAUCUCUCUCAUAUCUGGUAGCGAAGACCCUUCACCUUCGCAUUCAAGCUUUCGAGGAGAUUCAGGCGGGUCCGGGAUCGAUUCAACGUCCACGAUCGCAGGAGCUAGCGGAAUUAUUCAAUCUCUCUCAUCAGCUUCAGAGAUGGAGAAGAAUCCCUUUGUUCAAGCGGGAGCCUUGUCCACUGACUUGGGUGAGAUUCCGCGUGCCUCUCCAUUUCCUAAUCCCUUUGAUCAAGCAGGAGCAAUUGAUGGUGGCGUGGAUCAAUUGAAGGAUUCUUGUCGUUUUAUUCCGCUAUGUCAUAUAUUAAAAGCGACUAAUGACUUUGACGAUGCAUUAGUUACUGGAACUGGGGGAUUUGGUAAGGUAUACAAAGCGAGCAUUGACGAUGGGGAUACAACCACCGUUGUUGCCAUAAAGCGGUUGAGUGCCGAGUCCAAGCAAGGUGCUGAAGAAUUUUGGACAGAGUUAAAGUUGCUUUCAAAGUUCCGGCAUGCUAAUCUCGUUUCGCUUAUUGGUUAUUGCGACGAGAAUCAGGAGAUGAUUAUUGUUUACGAAUAUAUAGCUCGGGGGACUCUCGCCAAUCAUCUUUACAAAACAAGUAGAGAAGAAAGUGGUGGAAGUAGAUCUCACCUAACAUGGGAGCAGAGGCUCAACAUUUGCCUCGACGUUGCAUGUGGACUUGACUACCUUCAUAAUGGUACCUUACCGGGUAUCAUACACCGAGACGUGAAGAGCACAAACAUUUUGUUGGACGAUCAUUUGGUAGCAAAGGUUUCUGAUUUAGGGUUAUCUAAAAGCACUACUACCCAUACAGCAACCCACGUUAGCACAUGCGUCAAAGGAACUUUUGGAUAUUUGGAUCCAGAUUACUUCCAAACCAUGCAACUAACCAAGAAAUCUGAUGUUUAUGCUUUCGGCGUGGUGUUGUUCGAAGUCUUGUGUGGUCGGCCAGCGAUCAAGUUUAGCGCACUCGACGAGGAGCGAGUUCUAAGUAACUGGGCACGAAUGAACAUCAAAGAGGGAACGCUUGACAGAAUCAUUGAUCCCUCUCUGAAUGGAGACACAACACCAGAUAGUCUUAAGUACUUUGCCGAACUUGCCAACAAGUGUUUACAUAUUCAACCAAAUGAAAGGCCUACAAUGACUGAAGUAGUGAAGAGCCUUCAGAUUGCAUUGGUGUCGCAUGAGCGUCAGGGAAGAUUGCAGGGAACUUUUGCAAAGGCAUUUGACGACUUCAUGGCCCGGUCGAAGGAAACAUUUAUGAUUCACCAGGAAAAUAUAGUAAAAAAGGAGGAAGGAUUUAUCAACGAGCAUUUACCUGAUCAUGUGUUCGGCAAUUCGAAGAAAAAUGAGGACAACGAUGAGACAGUGAGUAAGAUCUACAACAGAAAGGGAAGCGGGAAUUCAAUGGAACUCAAACAUUGGGCGACAUUCAAGAAGUUGGGAAUGGACCCGGGGAAUAAAAACAACAGAGCAUACCAGAGUGGCGUUCUUCUCUCUAAUUCCAAAAAGAAAAAAAAGAUCGAGGCAUUAAAGAGACUGGGGGGGAGUCUAAUUCCAACAUUGGGACUUGAAGAUUAUAACACUCCACUUUCAUUCCAGGCGCUCUCUGGUUUGUCGAAUAUCUUUCAUGGCUUCUUGUCAGGCUGUGGGGAUGGGCAGAUCAUCCUACUUAACACCAACCACAACCACAUAGACAGAGCUGACGUCGCUCUACAGCGCCCUUCUUCACCUCAGCCUAAAGCCUUACCAGAUGGAGGAGAGAUUGUGCUGCUUGAUUCAUCAGAUCAAAAACCAUCGGUGAGUUUUGAUGCUACAAACAACAGGGCAUAUCAGAGCGACAUUCUUGUGUCUAAUUCAGAGGAGAAAAAUACGGGAGAGGCAUCAAGGAGACGGUGCAUACCUGAGGGUGUACUUAGUUUAGUUGAUUCAAUGACAAGUAUAUCAUCGACGUAUUUCGAUGCUCCAGACAACAGUGCACAUUUUGUAAGGGAAUAUCAGAGUGGCCCUAUUGUGUUUAAUUCAGAGAAAAAAGAUACGGGAGAGGGAUUAAACAGAGAAUGCUUAACUAAGAGUGCACUUAGUUUAGAUGAUUCAACAAAACCAUGGUCGUUGCCAGAUUUUGAUGCUACAGAAAACAAAGCGGUGAAGGUCUACACCUGCUGGGGAAGGGGUUGUUGGCAUUCAAUGGAAGAACUCGAACAGGGGACAACGUUGGAGGAGUUGGGAAUGGACCCGGAAAAUGUGGGCAUAAUUUCUGACUUGUUGAGAUUUGUGAGUGAUAAGGAGGAGUUUUACAAAAAGGCAGGCAAGGAUUGGAAGACGGGUUAUUUGUUGUACGACUCUCCUGGUACUGAUAGAUCAAGCUUAAUCACUGCCAUGGCGAACUUUCUUGAAUUUGACAUCUAUCAUUUGGAUCUUGCAGGUUUGACCUCCAUCUCGGAACUGACGAAUGUGCUGGUCUCCAUCCAGAAUCGCUCCUUAAUUGCCAUUAAAGAUUUUGAUCAAUGGGCUGGGAAGCUUCCCGAUUUCGAGACUGAGUUGACGUUCUCAGGUUUGUUGAAAAUCAUUCAUGGCUUGUUGUCGAGCUGUGGGGAUGAGCAGGUCAUCGUACUUACCACCAACCACAACCACAUAGGUGGAGUUGACGUCACUCUACUGCACCCUUUGAACAUUGAUUUAUACAUUCACACGUCUUCACCUCAGCCUAAAGCCUUACCAGAUGGAAGAGAGAUUGUGUUGCUUGAUUCAUCAGAACAAAAACCAUAG